ACAGUGUCGUAGCCACGCCUUGGUGUGCGAUGUGGCCGCGGAGCCUUGCCGGCGAAAACCCGUUCACGGAAUUAUCGAGCGUUCCGUAGCACCCAAGCCGAAAGAGGACACUUCAAAUGGCGUUCAUAAAGUUCAUUGUUCUUUGGGUCCCGCUAAUUUCGCGGUAAUGAUAUCGAAAGAAAGUAAGCCUCGCACGGCUUCGGUUUUGUCCACGUCGAAGUUUUCCGGGUUGAACGCCAUUGGAGCUCCGAUAUCGGCUUUGGCGGCCUGCCCCAAUAACUGUGUGGUUAAAAUUUGUGUAGUUGCCUCAGGUAGGCAUAGCCUAAGUGAAUAGGUCAGCCCACCGCAAACCACAAUCACUUGAAGGAAACGUGUUGUUUGAGUUUUAAUCGAAUCCGGCAUCUUAUUCAAUUGCGGAGGGGGCUACCGACUUGGCCUAGCCUCAUUUGAAGCGCAAGUGUUGGAUUUGUAUUCGUCCUGUCAAUCAGCUUUCGUCGAUGCUGGCCUAGGCCGCGGUGCUGGAGAAGGCCGGCUGGAUUGACCAUGGGAGUGGCAGCCACACUGUUCCACACGCACUCCGCUGCUGCUCCCAGCAGUUACGGUACCCAGGUUUAGAGGAUGGACUCUUACGAUCUGUUUGGUGAGGAUGUCACUGGAAGUGUGCUGGCUGGGUUGGACCUGGGAUCCAACAACUAUGACCCAACAGCAGCAGCUAGAGGCGGAGGCGACUACCAACAACAGCAGCAAUCCGCCCCGUCAACACAGCAACAGCAGCAGCAGCAGCAGCAUGCCUAUCCCUCUGGAGAUGCUGGGGCUGCUGCCGCUGCAAUCCAGAAGCAGCAAUCAGCUUAUAUGCAGCAGCACCCUUCCAUGCAGAAGCAGCCGUAUCCCCACAUGGCGCAGGAUUCACUUCAGAAACAGUCAGCUGCGUACCCACACUUACAACAGCAGCAGGGUCAAGCUCAACAGCAAGAAUCCCCUCUUCAGAAGCUUGCAUCAUUUGGGGGUGACUUCCCCGCGGGCUCUAACCAUAUGGACCCAUCUUCACAGGCCAUGUAUCACCAAAACCAUAGCGGCUACGGUGAUGCAACUCGACCCAUCCAUCCCUCCAGUGCAGCAUCAAGUAUGAGUGGAGGCUAUGUAAGGAGCAUGGCUCCACAAGGCCAGGCCCCAGGACAGUAUGGAUAUGGUGGUAUGGACAAUAUGUACUCUAUGGAUCAAUCAAUGGGUAUGGGUGAUUCAAGUAAUAUGCAAGGGUGGAAUAGUGGUGCUAAUUAUAGGCAGCAAGCGCAGCAUUAUAAUCAAAUGACCCAGGGAGGCUAUCGCCAACCUCAUAUGGGGUAUCAGGAUCCAAGUGCAUUGGGAAGCCAAGGCAAGAUUCCCUCACAACAGUAUCCGAAUCAGCAGUUCAGUCAGAGUUCGAUGAUGCAGCCGCACCAGAGCAUUCCACCAACGAGCAGCUACAGUCUUGCUCAACAGCAGCAGCGGAUGCCUCUCCAUCAAGCAUCAGCUCAGCAACAAUCAAGCCAACAGCAAACUCCAAGCGCUCAACAACAGCAGUACCAUGCGCAGAAUUCUCAAGGUAUGAGUGGCUACCCUGGUGCUGGUGCAGGUGCUGGUUAUGCUGGUUAUGGACCAAUGCACCAAGCUGGAAGUAGAAUGCCUCAUCAUGUCCAGUACCCUAGCAGUCAAUCUCAAAUGCAAAUGUCUGACAUGAGCUCUAGCCAGAGCCAAUCCUACAACCAAGGAUUCAGUGGUUUUGGGCAGCCACAAUCAUCUUCCCAACAGCAGUCUCAGCAGCCAACUUCUCAAGCCCAACAGCAAUCUCAACAACAAAUCCCUACACCGUCUCAAGCGCAGUCUCAGCAACCGCAGCCACCUCAACCUCCAGCUCCUCAAACAUCACAGAGUCAGGUGGCUCAGCAAGGACAGCAGUCAUCGACACAGCCAAUAAUUAGACCAAUUGGUGUUGAUGUUGGUCCUUCGCCUCCAUACCCUCCAAGCCAGAAGACGCAGGGGCCUCCAAGUGGAAUUGGAGGAGCAAGUCCGCAGUACCGCGCUCCUUUUCCACAGUUAUCUCCUCAGAUGUCUCCUCGACCACAGCAACCACAACAAAUGUCACCAAGGCCUGUGAUGUCACCUGCAAAGCCGAGCACUCUCUCACCACAUCCACAUGCUACCUUAUCUCCUCGGCCAAAAUCUGCAACUCCGACUCCUCAGUCGUCAUUUCCCUCAAGUACGUUACAGCAGUUGGAGCAGAUGGUGAUGCCUCAAGUUGCCCCUGGUUCAGACUAUCCUAGUUAUGGACCUCGUAGCCAAUUGGGUCAGCCACAGUCAUCGCCUCUGGGGCCUCGCACUCCUGUAUCUCCUCAAUGGCCUCAACAAGGCAGCAAUCGGUCAGCAUUCAGCAUGAAUGGAAGCAUGGGGAUGGUGGACUCGCAGUCAGGUUCAUCAUCCCAGCCGUCCUCCGUGCCGGGUGCGUCAGAACCGUCAGGUGCGUCUGCACCUCAACCAGAAUACAGCCCCGUCCCGGGGACCCCCGCCAGUGCACCAGAGAAAGAAGGGACCAAGACUGGCACAAUGUCAGAGCUGAAUGGACCGCAGUCGCAGCCAACUGCGGACCCCAGCAGCUCUGCAGCUGGUAAUAUGAAUCAAAGCUAUCCAUCUGGUUACAACAGUUACCUAGGCGCCAACAGCAUACCGUACGGGAGCAAGCCCGGCGAGAUGGGCGAGAUGCACGGCGGCAGUCACGUCUACCCGGGCAUGCCGCACGGCUCGCACGGGCCGGGCGGUCCGGGCGGCCCCGGCGGCCCCAGCAUGGACGGCAUGCACGGCUCCAUGUACGGCGCGCAGGGCCCACCGUCGCAGCCUUCGCAGCCCUCGCAGUCCCGGCAGGCCAUGGGCAUGCUGCCGGGGGACUACCCGUUCCAGGGCCCCAUGAGCCACCAGCAGGAGAUGGCGGCGCUGCAGCAACAGAUCCAGGAGUUGUACUGCAUGCCGCCCGGCCCCGAGCAGCAGAAGAUCCCCCAGCUGCAGAGCCGCCUGGCCAUGCUGCAGAGGCACGAGAUGAACGACCGGUGCAACGGCGGGCCGCAGUGCAUGCUGCAGCAGGGGCCGCAGGGGCCGCAGCAGGGCAUGUACGGCUACAACUCGAUGGACGGACCUUACCAGCCGCCCGCGCCCAGCGGCAGAGGCAAGGGCAGGGCCAAGUCCAGCACGCCCCGCGCCAAGAAGCCGCGCUCGAAGAAGGCGCAGCAGGAGCUAGCCAUGCAGCAGCAGAUGGAGGCGGAGGCCGCGGCAGCCGCCGCCGCAGCAGCAGCCGCCAGCUACAACAUGGGCCAGCCGCCGGACAUGGGCGGGCCGCCGUACCUGCCAGGACACCCCGGCCACCCGGGUCAUCCGGGCCACCCCGGCCAUCCCGGCCAUCCCGGCCACCCCGGCAUGCCUCCUCACAUGGGGCAGCCGCCGCACAUGGGCGGGCUGCCCCCGCACUUGCCGCCCCACAUGGCGGGGCACCUGCCGCCGCACAUGCAGCCCCACCACAUGCAGGGCCCCGGCCCCGGACCAGUGUCGGGGCCUCCAGGACCCGGAGGAGUGCCGCCCUCGGCGCUGGGUCCGGGCUCAGUGCCGGGCCCGGGGCCAGGGCCGGGACAGCCUCCAGGACCAUUACCAGGACAGUCGUCGCGCAUGGGCGGGCUGAUGUCGCCCCACAUGGGGCAGGGCGUCCCCGGCCUGCCCGGCGUGCCGCCCGGCGUGCCUCCCAGCGCGCAGGCCAGCUCCAUGAUGCCCGCCCCCAUGGGCCUCGUGCCGCAGCCGCCAUCCCAGAGCCAAGUCCAGCAGUCGCUACCCCCCGUGGGGCCCCCUGUGGGGCCGGUAGCGCCUGUAGCGCCCCCCAUGCAAGCUGUGCCCCAACAACAGCCACCGCCACCGCAGCCGCAACAGCCGACGCCUUCCCCGCAGCCGUCGCUACCGCCGCAGGCGCCCAGCCUGCAGCCGCAGAGCAUGCACUCGCCCGCCAUGGACACGGGCAUUCCCUCGCAGCCGCCCACGCUGACGCCGCAGAUGCCCCUGGAGGCGCCCGCCAAGGCGCCCGCCAAGACCGAGAGCCACGCGCACCCCUUGAUGGAGUCGAGCCUGCAGUCGCCCCAGUUCUCGCCGCCCGCCGCGGACGUGCUUAGGAGGAACGACGCGUCCACGCCCGUGCCGACUGGGCCGACGGUGCCGGCCGGGCCGUUGGCGGACGCCAAAGGGGAGAACUCCAGUGAAUCUCUGUCCCAGGAACACAUCCCCGUUCCAGACUCGUACCCGUCGUCGGCGUCCAUGCAGUCCAUGCAGCCGUCGCCCAGCCUCCAGUCGCCCAUUCAUUCGGCCCCGGGCUCCAUCGGCUCCAUCGAGCCCAAGCCGGAGAUGCCGCCUCAGCCGCAUCCGCACGAGUACCCCAACAUGGGCCAGCAGCCCGUCCUGGAGCCCGGCGAGAUCCCCAUGUUCCCGAUGGCGGGCAUGGGCAUGGGCGGCAUCCCUUACGGAGGCCAAAUGAUGGACGGCCUGUCCGACCUUGAUGACAAGAAGAAGGGAGCGAGGAAACCCAGGUCCAGAAAACCAAAGGAACCCAAAGAGGCCAAAGAACCGAAAACUCCAAAGGUACCAAAAGAAAAGGCCCUUAAAGAGCCUAAAGCUCCCAAGGCCCCUAAGACUCCGAAAGAACCCAAGAUUUCGAAAGACAAGAAAAAAGGUAAAGCUUCAAUUGACGGUCGUAGACGCUCUCCCAAGAAAAGAGGUGAUGGGGAAGAAGAUGAUGAAGGUGACGAAGAAAUUGAUCAGGAAUCUUCUUCACUAUUGGAUUCAGAAGACAUCCCAUUAGCAUCUAUUCCAUUAGAUGAAGACAACUCUGCCAGUGCCCCUGCCACUGAUGCAGACACAACUUUAGACUCUACUAAUGAAGGCUCACCAUUGAAAAGCAAAUCAAGGGGAAGAAAAGUGAAGGGGGUCCUUGCCAGUAAGGUGAAAAAAAGCAGCAGCAGUGGCGGUGGAGGCAGUGGGGGUGGUGGCAGUGGCUCAUCUUCUCGACGGAAAAAGAGGAAGAAAGAAUAUGAAAAAGAUGAGGAUGAAGUUGAUGAUGUGCUGCUUGCAACUCCCCCAGCCUCUCCUGAGGAGGAUUUAUCAUCUAAACGGCGCUCAGCCCGAAACACGCACAGGAAGAAGUAUGUAGAUGAUGAUAUGCUGCGAUUCUCCGAUGAUGAGGAUAAGAAUUCAAAGCCUGAAAAGGAAACUAAAACGAAGGAAGUUACUGCAACCAAAGGAGAGAAGGUUGAGAAGGUGGAGCCGACCGAAGUGCCUGUCAAACCCAACUAUGUUUAUAUCAAUCCUGGGGAGGAGGACACAAUGGUGGUUCAACACAUACUCGCUGUAAGGAAGGGAAAGCGAGAAUUAAGGAAAGAUCCUGAGCCAGUUCAGCCAGCAGAACAAGCUGACCCUGAAAAAGCUGACACUCUAACACCCGAAUCCAGUGAUACUGUUAAGAAAGAGGAAUCUCAAUCAAGCGAAACCUGUGAUAAUGGUACUGAGAGCGUUAAAGAAAGUGAGCAAGAAACUCCAGCAGAAGAUGUCAAGCCAACUGAAAGUGGUUCCAGUGAUACUGAUAAACCAGUGAAAGAGGAAAUCAAAUCUGAGGAGAAAAUGGAUGUGGAUGCUACUCAAGCUGAAGAGAACAGCAGUGAAAGUGGACAAACUGAAAAGAUGGAUGUUGACAAGGAAGAAGCUGAAUCAGAAUCUGAUGUUAAAGAUGCUGAUCAGGACAAAACCAAGAUCACAGAAAAGAGUGAUGAAGAGAAAGAAUGGGUUGAAGUGGAUGAAUUUUAUGUCAAGUACAGAAAUUUCUCCUACCUUCACUGCGAGUGGAAGACUGAAGAAGAACUUCUUAAAGGGGACAAAAGGGUGCAGGGGAAAAUCAAGCGUUUCUUCCAAAAACAGGCUCAUCUUACAAACAUCUUUGAAAAUCUGGAGGAAGACCCAUUUAAUCCUGAUUAUGUUGAAGUAGACAGAGUUCUUGAUGUCUCAGAACAGACCGAUCCCAAUACAGGAAACACUGUUAAGCAUUAUCUUGUGAAGUGGCGUGCUUUACAAUAUGAAGACUCCACUUGGGAAUUAGAAGAAGAUAUUGACCCUUUGAGGAUACGAGAAUUCGAGAGAUUCCGUAAAAUCCCACCCAGAGAUCAAUGGAGGCCUAAGAAGCGACCUUGCGCUGAUGACUGGAAAAAGUUGGAUGUUUCCCCAGUCUUCAAAGGUGGCAACACCCUCCGAGAGUACCAACUUGAAGGAUUAAACUGGCUCCUUUUUUCGUGGUACAAUGGGCGGAAUUGUAUAUUAGCUGAUGAGAUGGGUUUAGGCAAAACUAUUCAGUCCUUGACUUUUGUUUACUCUGUACUUAAAUAUGGCAUUAGAGGACCAUUUCUUGUGAUAGCUCCGCUAUCCACCAUUCCUAAUUGGCAAAGGGAAUUUGAAUCUUGGACUGAUCUUAAUGUGGUUGUCUAUCAUGGAUCCGGUGCUAGCCGAAACAUGCUUAUGGAGUAUGAGCUCUACUAUCGAAAUGAUAGAGGGCAAACAAUUAAGGAUAUUGCCAAGUUCAAUGUUCUUAUUACAACAUUUGAGAUGAUAAUAACUGAUGUGGCUGAACUCAAGAUGUUUAAUUGGCGUCUCUGUGUUAUUGAUGAGGCCCACAGAUUAAAAAACAGAAACUGCAAGUUGCUAGAAGGACUCCGGUCAUUGAAACUGGAACAUAGAGUGUUGCUCUCAGGAACACCUUUGCAGAACAAUGUUAAUGAACUGUUCUCUCUCCUUAACUUCUUGGAACCAAGUCAAUUCACUAGCAGUGAGUCUUUCCUUGAAGAAUUCGGUGCUCUAAAGUCUGAAACUGAAGUUAACAAACUGCAGUUAGUCUUGAAACCAAUGAUGCUUCGGCGUCUCAAGGAGGAUGUGGAGAAGAGUAUUGCUCCUAAAGAAGAAACUGUGGUUGAGGUGGAGCUCACAAACAUUCAGAAAAAAUACUACAGAGGUAUUUUAGAAAGAAAUUUCUCCUUCUUAGCCAAAGGAACCACAUCAAAUAAUGUUCCAAACUUGAUGAACACGAUGAUGGAGCUGCGAAAAUGUUGCAUUCAUCCAUAUCUUCUUAAUGGUGCUGAAGAUCAAAUUCAGUAUGACUAUAGAAUAUCUCAUGGAGAGGACCAAGAUGCUUACUAUAAAGCACUGAUAAAUUCUUCGGGUAAGAUGGUGUUGAUUGACAAGCUUCUCCCGAAGUUGAAGUCCAAUGGACACAGAGUCCUCAUCUUCAGUCAAAUGGUCCGAUGUCUGGAUAUUCUAGAAGACUACCUUGUUUUCCGAAAGUACCAAUUUGAGAGAAUUGAUGGCCGUAUCAGAGGAAAUCUCCGUCAAGCUGCUAUUGACAGAUUUUGCAAACCUGAUUCAGACAGAUUUGUUUUCUUGCUAUGUACAAAGGCCGGUGGUCAGGGUAUCAAUUUGACAGCAGCUGAUACUGUCAUCAUCUUUGACAGUGACUGGAAUCCUCAAAACGAUUUACAGGCCCAAGCUCGUUGCCAUCGUAUUGGACAACAAAAGAUGGUGAAAGUCUAUCGCCUUCUGUGUCGGAACACAUACGAACGAGAGAUGUUUGACAAAGCCUCUUUGAAGUUGGGUCUUGACAAAGCUAUUCUUCAGAGCAUGAAUACUGGACAAAGCAAAGAUGCAGGUGGUAAACAGCAACUGACCAAGAAGGAAAUCGAAGACUUGCUCAAGAAAGGGGCUUAUGGUGCAAUUAUGGACGAAGACAAUGCUGGUGACAAGUUCUGUGAAGAAGACAUUGAUCAAAUUCUUGAGAGAAGAACUCAGAUCAUUACAUUAGAAUCUGAGAAAGGAUCUACCUUCUCAAAAGCCAGUUUUGCUUGCUCAACUGCCCGUCAGGACAUUAAUAUUGAUGAUCCAGACUUCUGGAAGAAGUGGGCAAAGAAGGCCGAUAUUGAUACCACUGAGAAGAAUGAAGAGGAAAAUUUGGUAAUUUCUGAACCAAGAAGAAGAACUCAAAUCAAAAGAUACGGACAUGAUGAAUCAACUCUCAAUAUGUCGGAGCUUGAAUCCUCCAAUUCUGACUCUGAUGAAGAGGGUGAUGAAGACAAUCCUGGAAGGCGAGGUCGCAAGCAUAAACUCAAAUCAAAGGACAAGAAACACAAACGUCCUGAUGACUAUGUUCCUCGGGAGGGUGAAAUCGCAUAUGGCAGUUGGGAUAGAGGUGAAUGCUUCAAAGUCGAACGUGGUCUUCUCACCUUUGGUUGGGGCAGGUGGCAAGAAUGUUUGGCAAGCAGUCAAUUUAGGAAAGGAUGGACUGAUAAAGCUUUUGAGGACUGUGCUCGUAUCAUUCUACUUUAUUGCCUUCGAUUCUAUAGAGGUGAUGAGAAAAUUCGGGCAUUUAUUUGGGAUCUUAUUACUCCCACUGAAAAUGGUCAAACUGUUAUUCAUAAGAAUCACAUGGGUUUGAACUCUCCUGUUCCCCGCGGGGGUCGGAAACCGAAGAAAAUGAAGUCAAAGGAUGGCCGCAAUGUUGGUCAAAACCAAUUGGAGAAAGAUCAUUGGAGCAACAGCGAAAAGUAUGAUGGUGAUAUUUAUUUGGAGCCAACCUACAAGAAGCAUCUCCUUCGCCAUGCUAACAAAGUACUACUUAGAGUUCGUAUGCUGUACUACAUCAAACAUGAAGUUCUUAAUGACAGCAUAGAUCAGAUAAAUGACAAUGUUCCCGUCAGUGCCUUGGCGAUUUAUCCACCCCCAUGUGAAUUGCUUCCGGUCCAUUGGUGGGACUCUGAUGCAGAUCGCUCUCUCCUCAUUGGUACCUAUAAACAUGGUUAUGAGAACUACACUGCCAUGAGAAACGACCCAGCCUUGGGUUUCCUCGCUCGUCUAGGUCCUUUGGAUCCUAGUGCUGCUAUGCUUGCCGACAGUAACUCAAUACGAGAUGAGGACAAGUUAAGUGAUGAUGAUGAUGAAGGUAUGGACAGCAGAAGAGGCCGCUUAAGAGGAAUUCUGAAGACUCCUGAAGAUGCUGAUGACUCCAAGGACGCAAACGGCUCAGAGGCCUCCAAUGCAGCCAAAUCGGAGGACGGAGAGUCGAAACCUAGCUCUGCUGCCCCUCAGAGUCCCAGUUCAGAAUCGACAGCCAAUGAGGAUAAGGCUAACCCGGACAUGGAAUGGCCCUCAGCAGUUGAUUUGAACACGCGAUUGCGCCGUGUUAUUACCGCAUAUCAGCGCAACUUCAAGAAGCAGGAGCUGAUGCAAAUGCAGAAAGCAAAGCAACGAGGGGUAGAGGGAGAGCAGCAUGCUGUCUUGAGAGACGCUCUGAACACACAAGGAGUGGACUUUCAGCAGCUAGCCAUGUAUUUAUGGAAGAUGGAGCGCCGGGAAAAGAUUGAGCAAAUAGUAAGAGAAAGGGAACGCCAGCGUCUUGAUUGCAGCCAAAAGAAGUGGUCAAGAAGAGAGGAAGCAGACUUCUUAAGAGCCAUUUCAAUGUAUGGUGUUGAAGUUGAUCGAAAAACUGGUCAGUAUGACUGGUCAAAGUUCCGAUCUAUGGCUCACCUAGAAAAGAAGUAUGACGACACUAUGACUGAGUACUAUAGAGCGUUCUGUGCAAUGCUGAAGCGCACUUGUGGAGUAAAACUUACUCCUGAAGAAGACAUGAGUGACAUGGCUGUCGAGCCCCUAAGUGAAGAUAGGGCCCGGAAAGUUCUAGAUCGGAUGGAGUUAAUGAGUAAAAUUCGUGAUGAUGUUCUUCAUCAUCCUAAGUUAGAGGAGCGCUUAAAACUUUGCAAGACUUCUGCUGAUAUGCCAGAGUGGUGGGUUCCUGGCCGUCACGACCGCGAUCUUCUUGCAGGAGUUGCAAAACAUGGCCUUGUACGCACUGACCACUACAUUCUGAAUGAUCCAGACUUUUCAUUCCAAAAGAUUAUUCGUAAACUUCUCAUUGGAGAAUCUCUUGUAAGUCCAACGAAAGUGAAGAAAGAGCCAGAACCUGAAUCAAAGGCUCCUGCUGCUGGAAUGAAACUUGAACGCCCAGAGGAUAUCCUUCGCAUGGACAAGGGUGAAAUACUUGUGAAGUUAGAGAAAGGUGAAGGUACUUUGCGUAUUGAGAAAUUAGGAUUAAAAUCUGAGGCUGAUGUUAAGCCAGAAACUGAGGACCUAAAGCCCCCUGUUGUUAAAACUGAACCAGCCGAUGCAAGUGACCUGAGUGUAGUAAAGGCUGACACUGAUGCCAAUGGUCCAGAGGCUGAAGUUCCCCCAAAAGAAGAAGUGAAUGAAUGCAAGGAAGUGGAAGCAAGCGAGGAUAAAGCUGCCUCCAAAACUGAAAAAUCUUCUGAAAGCGAGGACUUGCCAAAGGCUGCAACACCAGAAAGUGCACCAAUUAACAAGGAGGAUAAUUUGGAGGUGCAGUCUGAAGUUAAAGCUGAUGUUACUACUGAAGACUUGGAAAAGAAGACUGAAAAGGGAGAGGAAAUGGAAGUGGAAGAAACUGAAGAGAAAGAAGUCUCCAAGACUGAUGCUGUGGCCAGUGAAGCACCAGUAGUUUCCUCUGACCUAAAGGAACCUGAAGACGAAACGGCUAAGGUGACAGAAGAGAAAUCUGUUCCGACUCCUGAAACUGAAGAGAAGACCGCUGCUGAUGAAACUCCGAAGGCGGACAAGGACAAGGCUGAGGAACCUGAUGUUGAAAUGGCUGAAGCAGAGAAAGGUGAGAAGGUUCCAGAAGAAAGUGAAAAUGAAGCAUCCAAAGUGAAGGAUGAUGGAUCUGAUGUUAAAUCUCCCAAGACUUCUGAAAUACCAGAAAAGGUUGAAGAGACACCUGAAACCACUUCUGAAGAGAAGAAGGACGAUCAAGCGGAAACUGAAGAAACACCCAAAGAAGCAGAAAAGACUGAUGAGGCCAAGGAAGAGACUCCUGUGGAUGCUUCAGCUAAGGAAACUGAAGGUGAGAAGGAGUCCCUGGAGGCAGCAACGAAAAAUGAUGAAGACCCUGAAUCAAAAAAGGAUACCACAGUUGAAAAACCAUCUCCAAAAUUUGAAAAUGAAAAUGUUGACAGCAAAGAAACUGAAGAGAAACCAAAACCUAAAGACGAUGAUGCUGAUGUUAAAAUUGAGAAGGAAAUUUCUGGAAAGGUGCAGUCUGACUUGAAGGCUCUAUAUCCUGACUUAGAAGUUGUCCAUCCACUCUCAAGAUUGCCAGAAAUAGACACAAUUGUCCUUGAUCAACCUAAGGGGGCAUCAUCUGCACAACCUGCCAAUCAAAAGACAACAUUUGGUAGUCAGUCCUCUAAUUCGAAUCAGCAGUCCUUCGCUCAAAUCCAGCAGUCACUUCAAGGCAUGAAUAGUGCUCAAGCUCUACAGCAGCUGCAAGCAAUGGAAAAGUUAGAUGCCUCAGUAUCCCAACUUCUUGCUCAAAGCUUCCAGAGCCAAAUUAAGUGGCCUAAAGAUAUAGCAAUUGAAGCUCGCUUGCAGCAUAUUGUGCACUGUGUGGAGAAGGGUGAAUGGCCUGUAUCAAGGAAUUUCACUGUCUUCCAAUCCUCAUUAGCCCAACUGCCAGUUGUGCUGCCACCAGGAGUGACUGCUACCAUCCCCAACAGCCACAACUCUGGUCUGGAUGUUGACAUAUCCUACAUUGAAACUGUUAACAAUGAUAGGCGGGAUGGAGCUUCAACGCCUUAUUCUGACAGUUCAGAUGUCAUUACAAUUACGACUGACAAUGGCUCAUUGUCCUCUCAAUAUCAUUCACAGUUUAUGAGGAAGCGGAAGAGGCACAUUGCCAUUGAUGUUGAAACGGAAAGAGCCAAGCUCCAUGCACUGCUGAACAGUACCAAUUCUUCCAAUCAGCACGGGUCCUCUCACUUGGGUUAUCGCAAUGAGAGGGACAGGUUUGAUAGGCAUGAUAGGCAAGACCACAAUGAAAGACAGUAUGAGAGACAGUAUGAACGUCAGCAACAACAGCAGCAGCAACAACUUCAACAACAGCAGAAACAGUUGGAGCGGCAGCAGAUGGAACGGCGUCAAUAUAAGGAACUUGAACGUCAUCAGCUUCAGAUGGCUCAUUCUGACAGGCGACAACCCAUUUCACAACCAAAGCAGUCUCCUAUGUCCUGGGAUGACGAUGUCUCUGAUGAAAGAAGAGCCACUCCAGCACACCAGCCCCCACCAGCUCAUCAGCAUGGCCCUAGGGUGAUUUCAAUGCCUUAUGAGCUUGGCAAAUUCACUAUGCCUAACAAGCCCAAGUCUGCACCACAACCCGCAUCCUCUCCCGCCCCCAGCCCCUCUGGCAGCAGUGGAGCCAUUGACUUGUCUGGGGGUCCGCCUAAAUCCAAGACCCCCAGUGAAGACUCGUUCGGCACUGGAGGCGAGGAUGAAGCACAGGACUUCUCAAUGGGCAAGAAACGCAAGAGCAGCAAACUGAAUGAUAUGCUGGGUAAAUUAAUGCAGAAGAAGAAUGUUCCAGUGCCAUCUGAUGAACCUGUUGUAGGAAAGGAGAUGAAACGAAGGAAGCUUGAUGAAAUUGUCAUGGGCUUGUCAGCUGCUAAAGAACAGCAAUAUCCUGAUCCAAUGCUGAAACGAAGAUCACCUACACCAAUGAUUCCUCCUGGAGUCACUGUUACUCCUGCGUCAUCAGCUUCUCGCACUCCCACUCCAACUCAUUCAUCGUCUGGAUCUUCGAAUAAGCCUCCGUUUUCCAUCACUGUUACAUCAGUUCAACAUCCCUCUACUGCUUCAAAUCAAGGAUCGUCUCGUAACACAUCGAGCAGCAAUGCCAGUAGUAGCAGCAGCAGCCUAGCCAAGGAUGCAUACUCAUCUUUCCUGGCUCAAGCUGAACAGCACAACCUUCUUCUAAAACAGCACCAGUUGCAGCAACAAAUUUUACAACAGCAAAAGCUUUUGCAAACUACAACAUCAAGUUCGCAACAGCGCAAAACCUAUGAGGCUAUGCUUGCUGAUAUCAAUAAAGCUGCAGAGCUCACCAGCAAAAUUAAUUCUUAUUCCCAUGAUGCCAAGGUCAACAAGUGGCUUUCGGAGCAAUCGCCCUUAUUGCCUGAUGCUGCUGGUCUGGGAGCAGAUUUCCUGACCCGAAGAAGACGCCCCCGUGUUGACCCAUCCCUACUCGACUGGAAGAAGCUGACUGGAGAGGAAAACGUCUCUGUGAUUAAUCGUCUGACGGGGAAGAAGCUGACGGGCAACAAGGCUCCCCCGCUGAAGCACCUCGCCACCUGGCUGCUGGAGAACCCCAUGUUCGACGUGGACCCCAAGUGGGCCGAGCUGGUGAAGGAGCGCGGCAACCUGCCGCACGACCUGCAGAAGCGACUGCCGCCCAACGAGCGCAAGAAGCAGGGACGGCCGCCGGUCAUGGCCAGCCCCACGAGCAUGGCCAGCCAGGCGUCGUCCGCCAGCCAGGCGCUCAACUACCAGGGCCUGGGCUCGCUCAACCCCAGCCUGCUGUCCAGCAUGUCCCAGAACAACCCCUUCCUGAUGCCGUUCGCGGGGCUGCCCAACAUGAACGCCGCCCUGGGCGGCAUGGCGGGCGGGCUCGGCAACCUGAGCAACCUCGGCUUGUCAAGCUCCCUGUUCGCCAACCUGGCGAGCCUCGGCCUGGCCGGCAUGGACGCGGCCGCCAUCACCGAGCUGCUGGCCUCGGCCGGCACCACGGCCACGCCCACCUCGUCGUCCUCGACCGGCCUGUCGUCCAAGAAGACUUCGGACUCGAGCGACCGGGACAAGGACCGGGACCGCAGGGACGACCGGUCGAGGGAUCAAGACCGCACCCGCGACCGCGACCGGGACCGCAGCUCCAACCUGGGGUCUGGCUCCAGCGCCACGGCCUCGGCGAGCAGCGGGUCCGGCACCACCUCGAGCAACCCCAAGUCGACGUCGGCGAGCUCCAGCGCCGCGAGCGCCGCCAGCGCGGCCAGCGCACUGCCCUUCAUGUUCUCCAACCCGAGCCUGCUCUACUCGCCGCUGGGGCUGGGCGGCCUGAACCCCUUCAGCUACGACACCCUGGCCCAGCAGGUGGGGCUGCUGAACGGCAGCCUGGCCAGCACGGCCGCCACCUCGUCCAGCGCCAGCCUGUCGCGCUCCAGCUCCUCCGCCAAGACCCAGAGCAGCAGCAGCAGCAGCCGGACGCCCAUCACCUCGGCGUCGACCGUGGCCGCCAACAACAGGCACCAGCGCGAGGCCCUGGAGAGGCAGCACCAGCAGCUGCAGCAGUUCUUGCUGCCGCAGGACACGAAGCUCCUGGAGAGCCUGAGCAGCAAGUCGUCGAGACUGGCGGCGGACGCGUCGAGGAGCGACGACCGCGGCGCGCGCCGCUCCAAGGCGGAGGCGGACAACCUGAGGCACCUCAUGGCGGGGGCCUACCCCGCGGACGACCGGAGCAAGCGCUCGCGGGAGGCCUUGGAGCGGGACUCGAUGAUGAGGAUGUACGACUCGAUGACGGAGCAGAUGCUGCGCUCCGACCCCAGGAUGCGCGAGGCACUCGAGGGCAUGACGCGGAGCUCCUCCAGCAGCAAGGAGUCCUCGCGGGACAGGGACCUGAAGGACGCCAUGAUGAAGUCGGCCUUGGAGAGCAUGACGCACUCGCUGUCGAGGAGCAGCAGCAGCAGUGUCAACAGCAACGCCGACCCCUACGCCAAGUCGCGCGAGCUGCUGAUGAAGGAGGCCAUGGAGAAGUACGGCCACGUGCCCACCGAUCUCAUCAUUCGCAGCAGCGAGAGGAGUUCGACCUCCGACCGGAGUGCGGAGCGGGGCUCGGAGCGAAGCUCGGAUCGCAGCAGCAGCGAGUCGUCGAAGAGGCCGCGGGACUUGGUGGUGAAGGAAGCCCUGGAGAGCCUGGGCCAGAGCCUGGCUUCGGGCGCGCUGGCCAAGCAGAGCCGCGAGGCCAUCAACAUGGCCAGCCUGCUGGGCUCCCCGUCCUGGGACCUCGUGAUGCGGGGUGCCACCGCCUCGGCCUCGGCCGGCACCUCCGACAAGAGGAAGGCCGACGCCAUGGAGUUGGUGUCCCCCAGCAAGUCGAGCAGCAGCGAGCGGUCCCGGGAGGAGGACAGGGCGAGGUCCAGGAAGGAGGACGACAAGUCGUGGGCGGAAGAGAAAUCGAGAAGACUCGAGGCGGAAUCGAGGAAAAGCCAAGAAAGGACCAAAUCCCGGGCGCACGACGCGCAGGACUUGUCGAGAGACGUGGCGGACCUGUCCAGGUCCUCUGAUCUCUCCAUCACCAUCUCCAAGCCAAGCAAGGAGAUGGCACCUGAUGACGCCUCAUCGGAGCGGUCGUCGAAGCGUGCCAGGGAGCCGGAAGAGACUGCCGACCCCGCCGCCCUGGACAUGGCCUCGGCGCCGAAGAGGCCGAAGGAAGACAAGUACGAGGAGGCUGCUCCUGCACCGCUGGCACCGCCGGCCGACGAGAGCGUGCCGGCCGAGGCCCAGGACGCCGGCGCGCCGUGCCCGGACCGGUCCGCGGAGGCCGACGGGCAGGCCGACGGGCAGGCCGAUGGCCCCGGGGGCCUGGACGAGGCCGACGAGGACGCCGGCAAGCCGCGGGGCUUGCGCCGGCGCGGCGGCAGCAGCAGCAGCGGUGGCGGCGGCGCGCGGGGGAAGAAGUCGCCCCCGGAGGAGGACGCGACCGUGGAGCGGAAGGUGUUGCGCAGCAGUGCAAGCCGUGCUGCGGCGGCAGCCGCUGCGCGCGCCGCCCGCGAACAGGAGCAGGCCGCCGUCGCGACCAGGCCGAGGGAGGAGUCAGAAUCUGAUGAGGCAUAGGCUCAACUUGCCAUCACUAGAAUCUUGAAAACUUCUAUUUUCACUUUUGUAUCAUAACAUUUUUUUAGAUUAAUAGACUUCGAUGCAAAAAUGUGUAUUUUAAAAGGUAAUGACGUGAGUGUGUAUAGUCUAAAUCUCUUUCCAAACCUAAGUUUUAAAUACUUAUUAUUAUAUUGUCCUGUUUUUAUUGUGUCUGACUGUUGUGCUGGAAGCUUGUCAUGUUUAGUGGUUUAUCUGCUGUGUAUUUUGAUAACAUUUAACUUUUAAGGUGGUGUACCUAGAGCUGUCGGAGGUGUUUGCUUAACAUGGCUCUGUUGUGGAAGUGGAACAGCAAUAGUUCCAUUGAAUUCAUUUGGUGGCAUUGUCCAGUGUCACUUAGUUCCCAGUUUUUAUCCAGAAACUUUUUAGCUCAUUUAUUCUUGCUGCUUCUUCUUCCCAACCAGGCACAGUGCCAUGUUGCAUAUUGUAAAUAGUCUUAAAUUUUUGCAUCAAAGUCUUGUAUUUCUUUUCUAGUUAAUUGACUGUGCAUUCUGUGAUAGCCUUUCCUCCUCAGAAGUUGAAUAUUUAGCUGGUAGUUUGUUUGAUGAACAAUUGUGGAGCUGGAGGCCAUUUUGAGUCCUAUUCUUUGGCUUCUAUUUAUUUAGCCAAAAAUAAAAGAUUAUCACUGUAGUAUUCUUUUUUAUAUAAUAUAUAUAUAUACAUAUUACAUAUAUAAAUAUGUUUAUUUUGGGGACAAAUUGGACUUUUUUUAAGGUUGACUUUUCUUUCCGUUUUAAAGAAAACUGAUGUUUCUAGCUUGAACGAUUUCUUAAUUUAUUUGUUUGUUGACCAGUUUACUGCCUGCCCUGCCCUGUGUCUAAUUGAUGUUACAGUAUUGGUGGAGUGCAUGUCAGGUGAUUUUAAUCAAUUUUGUAUUGUUCUUGUCCAGAAGUGUGUUGUGAAAUGUAAAUAGCUAGUGCUCUAAGCUUGCUCUGAUCAGGAAUUUAGGUAAACUUGUAAAGAAGUGAAUGUGACUCGAACUUACAUAUUGCAUCAGCAGCUAAGAUUUAAUGAAAUUGUGUAGAAUGAAAUUGUUGCAUAGUGUUAUUAGUAAUUUAUAUUCAAUGUACAAUCAAAGCUUAAGAAUGAAUUUCAAUCCCAUCUGAAGUUUGUACAGGAAGGUAACAUUUGAGUGUGCACAUUUUAUUUGCAAUUAUAUUGAUACACCUACUUUAUUUUUCUGAGAGCUUUGUUCAGAGAUACCCAUUAGUCCCAUGCUUUCAGUACUGGAUUUAGGAACAUCACAAUUCUACUUUCAAGCUUGGUACAAGGCUCUUCCGUAAUGUAUCUUCUACUUUCCUUUUUCUACUACAGGCUUAGCUUCAUGUGUAACUUUGGUGUCAAAAGUAUUUACCCUUGGCUGCUGGGUAAAUAAGUGUUAUGAACAUAUUGAUAAUAAAUACUCUUACAGUAUUA